AUGAAACUAAAGAAUCUCUGCAAAAUAUUAUAUUUGCAAAUUUUAGUUUAAAUAUCGUUUUAGAUAGAUUGUGUGAUAUAAAACUCCAUACUCAAUGUGCCUUCUGCAGGUUGCAAUCUUCCCUAUGCAUAAAAUUAAAUUACUUAGGUAGAUUAGCUUAUUUUAAAUGGAUAGUUGACUAUUAGUAGAUAUGCUAGUUUAUAGUAUAAGACUUUGGUAGUCAAUGAUGGAGCAGCUAUGAAUCUGAAAUCGAAUUAUGAGUAAAUUAAAAUUGAAGACAUAGGAACAGAUAGUUGUAGCUUAAGCGACCUUAAACCAGUAACUAUGAGUCUAUCAUCUAAAUCUCAGAAUCUUGUUUAUGAUAUCCUCUCUAUUUCUAAUAGUAAUUAGCUAACUUUAAGAUAUUUGCCAUUAGGAUUAUUUCAUGGCGUAAAAAUAUUAAUUUCUUCUGUAUCAGGUCGUACAGAAUAUGCUAUAGUUGAUAAGAUAGUUGAUAAAGUCGUAUAUCUAUAAAAUCCUCUAUCAAAUAAUCAUUUAAGCUAGUAGGUUAUAGGAUAUUCUCUAUAAAUAGAAUAUCCGUAGUUAUUAGUCAUUGAUGAAUAAAGAAUUAUCUUUAAAAAUGCCUGCUUAAGAAUAAUUCCCUAAAAACCUCAAGAUUAUGAAAUGAAUUCUGGAAUUCUUUUUUAAGACAUGAAAGGUCUUUCUUAUGAGAAUUAAGAUAAAACUAAUAUAUUAGGGCUCACUCAGUCAAUAUUUUUAAACUCAGAUAACUUUAAAAACCAAUUCCUUUAGAUUAUUUAGCUUACAGGAUAAAUAACAGAUAUAAUAAUAAUUGGAGUGAAUUAACUUACUAUUAAUCUUAAAUAUAGUAUAAAAAAUAUUAGUAUGUACAGGAUGAAUUAAUCUUCACUUAAUAUUAAUGCUUUGGAUAAAAAUUUUAAGGCGAUUAAUCUUUUUUAUUUGUAUUCAAAUGACUGCUAAGUUACUUUGAGAUUAGAUUCUUCCUAAAAGUAAUACUCUUUAUUUAAUGCAAAGAUUUUAAAUACUGAAUUAAUAAUCUCUAGCCUAAACUAAAAAUAUUAUCUAAAGAUAGAAGCAAGCAGGUUACUUAAUAGUAAUUUCAGAACAAUUGAUGGAAAUGCCAUAUAAUUAGUGGUUUCUUCUAACUUUAUAGCAGGUAAGGAACUAAACUUGCAAAAUGUUUAAUAUAAUUCAGCUAUUAUUUCAUAAAAUUAUUUUGAUGGUACAGGGUUAAGAUAUGCCAUCCUUCUAACUGAAUUAUCAGUGCUUUAAAAAAACUAAGCAGUUCUCUCAUUAAAUUUAGAAGGAAAUGUUUUUUCAAAUUUUGAAUAUCAAGGCUAUGAUUUAAUUACUACUUCACUAUAAAGCACUAAUUACUAGGAAAUAGUUUUGAGACCUUCUUAGACCUACUACAAAGUCUUUUUAUAAAUUAACUUCUUUAACAUUUUACCAAGUAGUUAACAGAAAGCCAUAUUUUUACCCUCUUUAAGUCUUUAGUAUUAAGACAAUUAUAGUAGUCCAAAAUAGUUUUUAAUCCCUCUUGAUGAUUCCUUAUAUAAUAAUACAAGGUUUAUUAGAGUAUCUCCUUUAACCAACAUAUUUUAUCACAAACCUUUGUAUUUUUUUAAGAGUAGAUUAGCAACUUUUUAAUUUGAUAUUGGAUAAGCUACUGGCUAUCACAUGGAUGCACUGACCUAAGAAUUCAAGCAAACUUGGUAAAUAGAUACUUCUUAUUACUUGCUUGAAAAUACAAUAUAUAAGGCUUACUUUAAAUCAACCCUUAAUAAUUAGCUUUAAGCUGCUCCUUAGCAACUCAAUUUUGUUUUAUAUUAAGGAAAUAUCACUACUUUUAAUUCUAUCCCAUAAAUUAAGAUUUAUUUUAAGGCAUCAACCCCAAUUUAAGCAAUAAAUGUUACAAUAAAUAAAGAACCUUAAAAAUCUCUUUAAUAUGUUUCAAUAGACCCUAUAGAUGGAUGCUUAAAUAUUUAUCCAUAAUAAAAUCCCACCCAAGAAGAUAUAAAUAUAAAUAUUACAAUAACUAAUUGCCAAGACGAAUAGGUUUUAUCAAACUAGAAAUGUGUUUCUAAAUGUCCUGAUGGAUAAUAUCCACUCAAUUCCAUCUGCUAAGAUGGAAAAUAAAAAGAUGGGUAUUUUUUUGAAAAUAAAUAAUACUAACCAUGUUUAGGAGGAGCAAACAAUUAAUGUAAAACUUGUACAACUUCAAAUGACUGCUAAAGCUGCUUCCUUCCCGAUUUUUUAAAGGCUAAUUUGUGCUAUGCUAACUAAUUCAAGCAAUUUAAUUCUGGAGGUAGUUUUCAAAAUUGUAUUCAAAAUUGCUAAUCUUGCUAAAAUCAAUAAACUUGUUCUGUAUGUGUUGAUGGAUAUGCUUUGAGCGAAGAUAAAAAAUCAUGUAAUCUUUGCACAGAAGGAAAUUUUAUCAAAAAUUAUUAAUGUAUUCCAUGCCCCUCUAAUUUAAAUUGUGCAGACUGCUUUUCUGAUAAGGAAGGAUCAUGUAGAUCAUGCAAGCCUGGGAUGACUUUAGUUAAAGGAUUUUGUUAAUAAAUAUGCAUUCAAGGUUAGUACCUUGAUGAUAAUGGCAUAUGCUAAUCUUGUCAUCCAACUUGCUUAGAAUGCAAUGGAAAUGGAAAUGCUGAUUGCACUAGAUGUCCAAAAGGAAGAAUUUUUAGUGAUAGUUAUCCAUAUACCUGUGAUCUAAUCACAUGCACAAGCCUUAAAUUUUAAAAUAAUAAAAAUGAAUGUCAAAACUGUUUUGAUUAAACAAAUCAAAAUGGGUGCUUUGAUGCUUAUCCUAACUCUAUUAUUUGUGAUCCUGGAUAUUUUGCUCAAUAAAAUGUAUCUGGAUGCUAGAGGUGUGAUGCAAGCUGUAAAACAUGCUAGUACUAAUCCACGAACUGUAUUGAAUGUAAUUAAGAUUACUCAUUUAUUUCUGGGAAUAGUGGCUAGUGUUAAAAGUGUUAAGAUGGUUUUUAUGCCCCUGUAAAUGCGAAAACUUGCCUUAGUUGUAGUAGCCCAUGUAAAACUUGCUCUGGUUCCAGCAACAACUGCUUAACAUGUUUAGAUGGUUUUUAUUUUGAUAACACUAGCAAAUAAUGUGCUAGAUGUGAUUUUUCUUGCUCAAAAUGCUCAGGAUCUUCAACAAAUUGCACUGAAUGUUAAAGAGGUUAAUUUUUAAAUAAUGGAAAAUGCAUAAAUUGUGAUGUAAGUUGUAAGGAAUGUGAUGGAUCUUCAACAAAUUGCACUGAAUGUUAAAGCGGUUAAUUUUUAAAUAAUGGAAAAUGCAUAAAUUGUGAUGUAAGUUGUAAGGAAUGUUAUGGAUCUUCAAUAAAUUGCACUGAAUGCUAAAGCAGUUAAUUUUUGAACAAUGGAACAUGCAUAAAAUGUGAUGCUAACUGUAUGGAAUGUAUGGAUACAUCAACUCAUUGCACUAAAUGCUCUUAAAAUGCAUAUUUAUCAUAAAAUAAAUGCUUGAGUGAUUGUCCACAAGGCUAAUAUGCAGAUUCUUAACUAAGAAUAUGUACAGAUUGUGACAAAUCUAAGAGCAACAACUGCUAAACAUGUUUAGAUGGUUUUUAUUUAGAUAACACUAGCUUAUAAUGUUCUAAAUGUGACUUUUCUUGCUCAAAAUGCUCAGGAUCUUCAACAAAUUGCACUGAAUGUUAAAGCGGUUAAUUUUUAAAUAAUGGAAAAUGCAUAAAUUGUGAUGUAAGUUGUAAGGAAUGUGAUGGAUCUUCAACAAAUUGCACUAAAUGUUAAAGCGGUUAAUUUUUAAAUAAUGGAAAAUGCAUAAAUUGUGAUGUAAUUUGUAAGGAAUGUUAUGGAUCUUCAACAAAUUGCACUGAAUGCUAAAGCAGUUAAUUUUUGAACAAUGGAACAUGCAUAAAAUGUGAUGCUAACUGUAUGGAAUGUAUGGAUACAUCAACUCAUUGCACUAAAUGCUCUUAAAAUGCAUAUUUAUCAUAAAAUAAAUGCUUGAGUGAUUGUCCACAAGGCUAAUAUGCAGAUUCUUAACUAAGAAUAUGUACAGAUUGUGACAAAUCUAAGAGCAAAGAGUGUUUAAAUAUGUAAUAUAUAAAAUAAAGUGAAACAUAAAAUGGUUUGGAGUAAGGCGCUUUAGUUGGAAUAGUGGUUGGUUCUUUUGCAUUUUUUACUGCAGUUAUCAUAACUCUACGUUACUUUUAUAAAAAGAGAAAAUACAAAUCAGUUAUUUAAAUAAACCCAAGUUAAGAAAAUUUUACGAAUAAUGCUAUUUUCACUAAUAACUAAAUUUAUACACAGCGAGAUAUUGAAACAAAAAGCUAAUUAAAUGAAAAAAAGAAUUAGGAGGAAGCAAUAGAAUAAAGAGAAUUAAAAGUAAUAAAUAUUGAUUGA